CGUAAAAAAGUGGAUCAGACCGGACCGGACCGAGUGGAAAGUGAAACUGCACGAAAGGCUGUUGCUAUAAAAAUUGUAGCAAAACUUAUAGCGAGCUCAGUCGAUGUGAGCGUGGUGAAGUGUACGUAGCAGUGCAGCGUUCAAAACAUGCACCUGAUAAUCCUGGUAACGUUAGCGGCGACCGCAGCCGCUAUGCCGUCCUUCAUCGCGGUGCCUGCGGACCAGAUCGCGUUCGUAGACCUGUCCCAAUUGAGCGUCCGGAGGGUGCCCAGGCAGACCCUGCAGCCGCCCCCGCCCCCCGCGCCUCUGUCCAACCUCUACAGCCAGGAUUAUCAACCAAUACCGUUGCAGUAUCAUCAACCUAUAGCUUUGGCCCCGCAUCAGCAACAAGAGAACCAACCACGGCUUCGCGUCCAGCCCCAGGUCCAUCAGGACGUGUCAGGGGCAGCCAGCUUCGGCGCAGACUCCCUCGCAGAAAGGCCCCCAGAUUUCGGGGAAUACGUCGACUUUGGAGCACACACAGGGGAUCACGGAGCCUUCGGAUGGUACGCCGACUACCCCAUCAACAACCAUGACGACCAUCACGGCUACAGAAAGUAAUUUUAGGCCACACUUGCCAAACACCAAACGCAGUCUUCACUGCAAAUUUUAUUGUUACCAAAGACAGUAUUAUUUCCAUUAGUUAGGUCUUUAUGGGCAGAAUUACCGCACAUUUGUUCAAAACGGUCAAUUCCGCUGUUGUUGCACUUAAUUUUAUGACAAACCAGUUCCUUGUUUGUUAGUAGUAAGUUGUUAAAAAGUACACUGUGAUAUGCACCAUGUUAGUUCAUUUCUUUUUAUUUGAUUAACUUAUGAUAGCUUCUUUCUAUCUGCUUUUCACUUUUUCACUACUGCAUCACUUAUAUAUGCACUUUCGCUUGUUUUUCAUUCUUCCUUAGCUGUACUUUUACCUUCACUUUUAUAUCUAAAAAUCACGCCUUUUAAUCGUAAUUCGUUCCCUAUCUAUUCUAUUAUACUUAUGUCUAAUAAUAUACUAUAUUUGUACUUU